CUUCGUUACACUCUCGGUAACAUAGUAUUGAGAGCUCCGGGAAGGGGCUAACGCUGUGAGGAGCUUGGCGUAUACUUCCGCCACGUAAAUGAUGUUUUCGCGGACUUUAGGUUUCUCGAAAUGUAUUCGUCAGAGGGGAUGAACGUUUUCUUUGCGUGUUUCUGAAAUAUGCCUGAGCCAGUAUUGUAAAUGGAUAUGCGUGACUCAACCAUGCGGCGUUUCUUUUCAAAGCGAAAAGACUCUUCCAUGUGUUGGUGGCCUUGCCGCCAGGAGCUUUGAAAACCAAACUUAUUCCGCGAAGAAAACAUCAAAACAAACCUAACUUCAAGUUGAAAAAGAUACUCAGAGCUGCAAAUUGUAAAUAUGGCCGUAAAGCAGGUAUGACAAAGGAAAGAUAACUCUGCUUGUUUCCGAAAUGAACUGCAGCAGCCUGUCGGAGGUGUCAAGUCUCCAUGAUGCUGCAGAUAGUCCAUCGGCUGACAUCUCGAGGCUGCUCAACCCAUCACUGUCUGAUGAUAAGGCAGACCAGAUCACUUCGGAUAUUGGUUUGGACUUUGGUGAAUCCUCCAAGUUUGACCCUGAUUCAGUUUUAGGAUCUUCCUAUUCUCUGGUCAGAGAAGGUGACGACCCUGAUGACCUUGAACUGUCAAUUACACCAAAUUUUGAGACGGGUCUGUCAUGUAGCCCACCAUCUUGUUUCGACAAUGUAUCCGUCUCAUCGGCUUCAGCUAUCUCAGCCAGUAAUAGCUCCUUGCCGAUUUCUGUCACUUCAGCCAUCCCAUCAUUAACAGCUGCUUCAACAGGAGGCUCCAGCCAUGGCCAUGUCCCGGGGGUCCAGCUUCUCAGUCCAUUGAACGCCGGACCGGUGGUGAUAGGAAACAUGACCGCACAGACACUGGUGUCUGCAGUGCUCAAUGCCAAGAAGUCCGAGUCUUCACAGUCCGGAAUGAACUCGGUAUCUGUAACACCGGCCGCUGCAGGAAUCUGGCUGCUGAAUACUCCACCUAUCAAUAUCAACCCAGACAUUCUCAAUCUAGUGAAGCCGGUCACACUUACUUCGUCUGUACAAUCAAUGGCUACUGCUUCUGUCCAGGACGUGGUUAAGAUGGGUUCCACUGAUAUCUGCAAGAGUAGCGCGUGCUACACUGAAACUGUGACGGUACCGAUGCCUUCGUCUUAUUGCCAGACAUCCCUGGGGAGUAGUUUGCUUGGUAAGGAACACUCAAACAAGGAUGGAAUACAUUUUCCUUUUGGAUCUUCAAAUUCUUCCAAAGGCGUUGCCAAUAUGACAGAAGUGACUGAGGUCUCUAGUGCACUGCAUGAAGGGACGCACAUGGUGUUAAAGUCAGAAGACACACACGAAGCUAAUCCUACCUCAUUCCUUAGAUUAGAAGACAUUCUAAUGAAAAACAACUGCUCAGGCUCAACAAACUUAAUUCAAACAGAAAUACCUCGGGUUGUCUCAGACAGUGAUUUGGACAAAAGCUCAGUGAAACGAAUGAUUCUUUCAAAGUCUGAAGGUUCAGAAUCCAAUUCUUUUUCAGAGUUGUUCAGUUUUCAGGACUUGCCAUCCAAUGGAGGGGUGACCCAAACAAAACAGCUCUCAGACUGCCUCCCCCUGACCAACCUCAUGACACUGGCACCUGAUCAGCCAAUACUCCAGUGCUCAUCUUCUGAGGAGCUCCAGGAGAUCGAGGACAGGGUGUCAGCUAAAGAAGCACAAAAGGAAAACAAGCCAAAUGAUGGUAAAGAAGUUGCAAGGACAGUUGAGGUGAGGAGACACUGUGCUCCUUCCACACUGAUCAUUGAGGGACUUCAGGAAGGGUCGAGGCUGGUCAAGGAGCUGCCGUCUCACAAAGUUCCAAUUCUGCCUAAAGAUACGGAUGGCAAAGAGAUAAAGGUGACUGUGCCCAUGACGUGCGAGGAGAAAUCAACACCAGUUUUAGUACAUCUUAUCCGUAAUAGUGCUUUUUCCAGCAAAGAUAUCUUGUACUGUCAGAACAUCACGACUACUCUGACGGAAGACCUGGGCCAUGACAUCACAGAUGCUGACCUUGAGGACUCCGCAGACGACUUAUUAGAUGCGGAAGCUGUUGACAUGGACGCAGAGAGGGCUGACAGGGAGAGUCAUGGCACAGAUGAACCUCCUCUUCAGUUGGCUGACAUUGUUCCCCAAACUUCACCAACGAGGAAAAAGUAUAAACGAGUUGUGGACAAGGACAAGGUCUUCAAGUGUGACUUGUGUAGUGCUCAGUUUGAUGUGCUUGGGAAUUAUACGAGGCAUCGGAAAAUUCACAAGGUUAACAAUGAGAACAAGUACAAAUGUCUGACCUGCGAGCGAAGCUUCAUCCAGAGGUGUGACAUGAAGAGACACAUGCUCAUCCACACCAAGCAGGAGCCUCACAAGUGUCAAGUGUGUGGCAAAGGCUAUAUUCGGAAGAGUGAUUUGGUCGUGCACAUGCGGUUCCACAGCAAGGAUCGGCCCUUCAAGUGUACACAGUGCACUAAGGAGUACUACCAGUCAGGGGAUUUGAAGCGGCACAUUCGUGCAGCACACAGCCAAGAGAGCAUGUUAUCGUGCGGUCACUGCCGCCGACAGUAUGCGAAGGAGUCGACAUUGAUCCGCCAUAUGCAGACUCAGCACAAAGACAUCAUCCUCAAGUCACUCAACCAGAAACUGGCAGAUGAGAAGAAUAAAGAUGACCGUCCCAUGGAGCAGGAGGAGUCCAUGGAGACCAGCAGCUGAUGAAGCCUUGUCACGCCCUGCCUAGAGUGUUGCUGGUGACUGAGACACAUCAGCCCUUGCCUGGAGUGUUGCUGGUGACUGAGACACAUCACUCCUUGCCUGGAGUGUUGCUGGUGACUGAGACACAUCACUCCUUGCCUGGAGUGUUGCUGGUGACUGAGACACCCCUUGUCUGGAGUGUUGCUGGUGACUGAGACACAUCAGCCCUUGUCUGGAGUGUUGCUGGUGACUGAGACACAUCACUCCUUGUCUGGAGUGUUGCUGGUGACUGAGACACCCCUUGCCUGGAGUGUUGCUGGUGACUGAGACACAUCACUCCUUGCCUGGAGUGUUGCUGGUGACUGAGACACCCCUUGCCUGGAGUGUUGCUGGUGACUGAGACACCCCUUGCCUGGAGUGUUGCUGGUGACUGAGACACCCCUUGUCUGGAGUGUUGCUGGUGACUGAGACACCCCUUGUCUGGAGUGUUGCUGGUGACUGAGACACCCCUUGCCUGGAGUGUUGCUGGUGACUGAGACACAUCAGCCCUUGUCUGGAGUGUUGCUGGUGACUGAGACACCCCUUGCCUGGAAUGUUGCUGGUGACUGAGACACCCCUUGCCUGGAGUGUUGCUGGUGUGAGACACAUCUCCCCUUGCCUGGAGUGUUGCUGGUGACUGAGACACCCCUUGUCUGGAGUGUUGCUGGUGACUGAGACACCCCUUGCCUGGAGUGUUGCUGGUGACUGAGACACAUCAGCCCUUGUCUGGAGUGUUGCUGGUGACUGAGACACCCCUUGCCUGGAAUGUUGCUGGUGACUGAGACACCCCUUGCCUGGAGUGUUGCUGGUGUGAGACACAUCUCCCCUUGCCUGGAGUGUUGCUGGUGACUGAGACACCCCUUGUCUGGAGUGUUGCUGGUGACUGAGACACCCCUUGCCUGGAGAGUUGCUGGUGACUCAGACACAUCACCCCUUGUCUGGAGUGUUGCUGGUGACUGAGACACCCCUUGCCUGGAGUGAUGCUGGUGACUGAGACACCCCUUGCCUGGAGUGUUGCUGGUGACUGAGACACCCCUUGUCUGGAGUGAUGCUGGUGACUGAGACACCCCUUGUCUGGAGUGUUGCUGGUGACUGAGACACCC